AUGAAGAUAUUGAUUUGCUCGUUUCUUCUUGUUUUAUUAUUCGAUAUAUCGAUACAAUCACCUGUUGAUGAAAAUCAACUACGGGAAAUAUUAUCGAAUUUAAAUUUUCGUUCUUUACCAUCGGUCUAUCAACAAGCUUUACUUGAAGCUCAAGCUACAUCUGAAAGUCGUGCUGAUGCAAGUACAUACUGUUGUAAAAAUGGUAAUCCAGCUAAAAUGAAAGUUAUAACAACAACUUACGUUCGUUGGGAACCAACAGGUCAAACUCAACUUGUAGCAGCAGGUCACGCGAGUUGUGGAUUUGGUGGAUGGUCAAAAUGCACAGUAUACGAAGUUCGACAUGUGGCUACAUCAUAUCUUGAGCAUGGUCACGAACUCGUACCUGAUAUUGAAAAUAGUCAAUGCCCAGAUCAUCAUGUUGUUUGUUGCAAAUCUAUGAUUCCUGUUGCUGGUUAUUGCAUGGGCAUACCCGAAUUUAAUCGUUUAGUCGCUGAAUGGGCAAAAUUACAAGCUACAAAUCCUGAAGCAACACUUGCUAAUCUUGUUGUAACACUUCAAAAUAAUGGUCUUGCAUCAUUAAGCGGUUAA